ACCACCAUGAUCCCCUGGGUGCUCUUGGCUUGUGCCCUACCCUGUGCUGCUGACCCACUGCUUGGCGCCUUCACUCGCAGGGACUUCCAGAAAGGCUCCCCUCAACUCAUUUGCAGCCUGCCUGGCCCCCAGGGCCCACCUGGUCCUCCAGGAGCCCCAGGGCCCUCAGGAAUGGUGGGACGAAUGGGUUUUCCUGGCAAAGACGGCCAGGAUGGCCAGGACGGGGACCGGGGGGACAGUGGAGAGGAAGGUCCACCUGGCCGGACAGGUAACCGGGGAAAGCCAGGACCAAAGGGCAAAGCCGGGGCCAUUGGGCGGGCUGGCCCUCGCGGCCCCAAGGGGGUCAGUGGUACCCCUGGAAAGCAUGGCACGCCAGGUAAGAAGGGGCCCAAGGGCAAGAAGGGGGAGCCAGGCCUCCCAGGCCCCUGUAGCUGUGGCAGUGGCCGUGCCAAGUCGGCCUUCUCGGUGGCAGUUACCAAAAGCUACCCGCGGGAGCGGCUGCCCAUCAAGUUUGACAAGAUCCUGAUGAAUGAGGGUGGCCAUUACAAUGCCUCCAGCGGCAAGUUUGUCUGCAGUGUGCCAGGGAUCUACUAUUUCACCUAUGACAUUACGUUGGCCAACAAGCACCUGGCUAUUGGCCUGGUGCACAACGGCCAGUACCGCAUCCGGACCUUCGACGCCAACACUGGCAACCAUGAUGUGGCCUCGGGCUCCACCAUCCUGGCUCUCAAACAGGGUGACGAGGUCUGGCUACAGAUCUUCUACUCUGAGCAGAAUGGGCUCUUCUAUGACCCUUACUGGACUGACAGCCUCUUCACUGGCUUCCUUAUCUAUGCUGACCAGGACAACCCUAAUGAGAUAUAGACAGUCUGGGCUUGGGCCUCCUGGCAGGGAAUAACUUCUGGACUUGUCCAAGAUGCCUAAACUGUAAACUAGGAGCAGAGUGAGCAUCUAGCCUCAGACUGACCUCCUCUGCCUUUUUUUUUAUCUCCAUCAUUAAAUUUGAGCUUUUUUUAUUCAUCCA